AUGGGUGUCCUGACCCUCCUUGUCGUGUUCUGCGCCUUAGCGUCCGUGUGCGCCCAGCAGCCCCCCCCUGGCCCGUUACCAGCACCAGGGGGAGGGGGCGCAGCACCAGGUGGGGGAACGCCUGUGCCAGCAGGGGGAGGGGGCGGAGCACCUCAGGGGGGCGGGGCACCUCAGGGGGGCGGGGCACCUCAGGGGGGCGGAGCACCUCAGGGGGGCGGAGCACCUCAGGGGGGCGGAGCACCUCAGGGGGGCGGAGCACCUCAGGGGGGCGGAGCAGCACCAGUGGGGGGAACACCUACACCUGCGGGUGGAGGCGGAGCAGCAGGGGGAGGAGGCCCUGGGGGAGCAGCAGCAGGGGCAGGGCCUGGAGGGGCGGCAGCAGGGGGGGGAGCAGGAGGGCCAGGGGUGGGGGCGCGCAAUGUUGGGAGGAAGGUUCCACGGGUGGCACAGCAGGGGCAGGGGGGAGGGCCGGGGGGAGCAGAUCUGGGGGAUCUCUAUGCCCAUCUGGAGGGCGAGCUGGAGGGGCAGAAAAACGACGACAUUGAAGGGGAAAUCCAUCUCUACACCUUCCGCCAAGCAGCUCCCCCAGCGCUCACCUCUCUCUCACUUCCUUCCACUGCUCCCCUUUCCCCCUUCCCCACUCCCCCCCCCCAAGCAGCACCACUGCGGGCGCAUUCAACGUGCUGUACAUCCUCACAGCCAAGCAGCUCCCCCAGCAGUCAACUCUCUCUGACACACCUCCCCCCCCCAUUUCCCCCUCGUCCCCUUCCCCUCCCCUGCGCCCUCCCCCCAAGCAGCACCACCAGUGGAGCAUUCAACGUGCUCUAUGUCCUCACAGCCAAGCAGCUCCCCCAACAGUCGCCCCCCACCAACGCCACUAUCACCCGCGGCCGCUCCGUGGCCCUCACCUUCCCCGCCACCUGGCGCGAAACCACUGGCCAGCCGGGCUUCAAGCAGAACGAUGCUGAUGAUGACGACGACGGGGAUUGCCCCGACGGCAAGUGUUACAGUUACGCCGCGGCUGGUUACUGGGCGAACGCGGAUAAGACCAUUACCGAUGUGGUGAAUGGCAUGGUUGAGGAUGCCACGGCAUAUCAGGGGCACAUGGCCCUGCCCUCAGGGGAGGAUGUGAAGGGGGAAUUUGAGCUUCAAUAG